AUGAAGCCUCAGGUUCUCCUCGCUCUCGUAUCCUGUGUCUGGGCUUUGCCCGCUGCUCCAAAGAGCUCAGGCUUGCAGGCCAGGAAGCCUCAAGCAGACGACAUCAUCAACGUCUAUCACCGAGGACGCUCACCGCAAGACUCAACGCUCGUGACACGAGAUGACCUACCAGGGUACUUUAAAGACUUUGACCCAGACCAUAGCGACAAGAAGAAAUACGAGAAGCUCGACUCAAAAACGCGUCGGAUGAUUGAUAGAGCAAUGGAAUACGCUGUCGAGAAAGACUAUAAGAAUGCAACGGCUUCGUGGUUGAGCGAUCGGAAUAAAGCGGGCCAAGGUAGCUUCAUGGAUUCUGUGAUUAUGGGAUCAGGUGACUAUACCAAGAGCCCCGAGAAGUAUUUUGAGGGCUUAUUGGGAUUUUUCUACACCUAA